AUGGCUUCAAGCAUGAAACGAUUCGGAAAUGGCGAGAUAUUCAUCCCUCAAGACUUUGUCAGGUCCAUUCUAGGCUGGGAUGGUAGACUCGAGCAAUUGUACAACAACAACGAGUGGCUAGCCCAAGUCGACAAGGAGACUUCCGACUCUCAAUUUUCUAUUCUUCGUCACGCUUUCCUCACAGACGGUCAUAACUUUAUCUCCAUCUUGACCGAGUACCUGAACACUAUCAAGUGGCAGGAAUAUGUUGUUCAUAUAUGCACGCAAAGAAUUACCCAUGUACCCGUUUUGAUGCAUUUGAUCUACGAGGCUUCGGUUCAGUCGCGUGGUGCAGAUGUGCAGGGCUCGGUAGGAAACGAGCCAGCAAACCCUGUCUUCGACUUCGAGAUUAGCAAUUUGUGUGAUAGCACAUUGUUGCGUAAAGGUUGUAUCGAGGCAAUCCGAAAUCGCUAUUGCGAAUCCGGGCGCCCGGUUAACGGGGGUCUGGCAUUUUAUAUCAAGUGCUCUAGCCUCAUGGAUCGUUUGAAUGGAGCCUGGGGCGAGAACAAGUUCGACGAGGUCACUAGUUUGACCCAGCUACAUGAAGCCGUAACAAAAGAACGGGACCACUUCACCGGCCUAAAAUUCGAAACAUCUACGCAUCCAGAGGUACUAAUCGCAGACAUCGACGUUGACAUCAAGAGACUCGAUCGCACUCAUGCCAACGAUAUGACAUUCGGUUACGUUGACGCCAUGAAUGCAAUCGAGCCCUAUUUUUUGUUACAGUCGCGACGCUGGAAAAUCAUCGGAAAGAAUCUCUAUGAUCUCGGUUUUCGUGUGGGAGCUAAUAUGACCCGAUGGCCCAUGAAUCCUCAACAAUGGACCAUAGUCAAGGCGCUCAAGACCGUCAUCAGCAACGAGGGACCAGGCAUCAACAUCAUGCUAGCCCGUCUCGAAAAUUAUCAAGUUCAGCUCCAGAAGCAGCAGCAAGUCAUCACAGCCCUGCAGUUCCGUCAUCUUCUAGAGCAUCUCCCUGCUGGUGUUCGUGAUCGAUGGCUAGCAGGACCGAGCACCAAGUCAGAUCAAGUCAUCAAAGCUUCAAACUGGGAUAGGAUGAAAGAAGUUGAUAAAUGGCAGGAGUUUUGGUCAGAAUCUGUGAGGCAGAUCUUCAGGGUCUACAAGGAAAAUGGUCAAGCCGCCUGGGAGGGCAUUGACGGCCACGAACCCAGUCCGUUUGCCCAUCUCUUGAAGCCUUACCUUGGCCAGGCUUUGAAGAAGAGUAAUGAACAUGACGCGGUCACGUUUCUGACUAGCGAAACUGACGUUGGAGAACGGGCGAAAAGGCUAUACAAUACGCUCAGUCAAAUCAUCCACCAAUAUGCGGAUUCUAAGUUUCAAGUCAAUCGACUCAACUUCAGCCCACUCGAUGCACACAUCCUGGCCGCUCUGGUCCCAAAGAACACCAACCAGAAACAUAAUGGCCAACGUGCUACUAAAGGCGAGCCUUGGAUCCCUUUUGAUGAGAAGACUGAGGUUGCUGCAUGGAAGACGGAGUUCCGGAGAUAUGUAUGGGAGAAGCCAGCCGAAGCCAUCCAGAAUACAUCGGAGACUUCGGACAAAGGCCCGCUUGAUCGGGUUGAAGACAUGUGGAAGUGUAUACGAUCAAAGUCCCCAUUCUCUGGAAUCUUUCCCAAGGACCUAGCGGUCUCAUCAGCCGUUUUCGACGCCGAAGCCUGCACAGCUACCAUCGCCGCAAAGUUUCUCCUGACAAAGAAGCACAUCAAUUCCCGCAACAUGAUUCACAACGCCGUGCUGGCGGCAUUCUUUGACGCGAUCGGACGAAUGACUCUGAUAGCUGCUGGGCGUAGAGUCACGAGCGAUCGCGUAGGGCUAAGUGUAGAGAGUUCAUUUCUGGCCCAUCCUGGAGACCAAGUUGAAGUAACGGGCACGAUGAUGCGAGAUGAACAGGACCAAUGCUUCUCGGUGACAAUUCGCAUCAAGUCUUCGGAUGACACUGAGGUUGCAAGCGGCUACUUUAGAGCCCGGGGAGUUCGAGAGACGAAUGUGUCAGAAGCAUACGAUGGCAUGAUCUAG